AUGGAUAAAGCAAACCCUUUGAGUACUUCAAUGAUGGGUGAAACACUUAAUGUUGAAAGUGAUCCAUUUAGAUUUAAGGAAGCCAUGUCCAUGUCUCAUUAUUCUGAAGCAAGUAGUCGAACAAAAUCCCCUUCCGUCCAUGGCGAAUGUAGGUGUGGUCUUGAUGCACCUUUAAUGACUUCUUGGACUGAUUCUAACCCAGGACGUCGUUUUUACGGUUGUGGGAUGUACAAGAUUCAGGGGUACAAGAGAUGUAAUCAUUUUGUUUGGUAUGAUGAAGAGCUGGGCCCUAGAGCAAAAGAGAUGAUUUCAACAUUGAAACAGAAACUGAAAAUUGCAAAUCUCAAAAUUGAUGCAGCCAAGAUCCAAGAAGAUGAAAUGAGCAAGAAGAUCAGGAAUUUGAACAUGAGGAUAAUGUAUAAACAUGUUAAGGAUGGAGGAAUUGCUCAUGACAAUAAGAUAUUUUUCUACUUGUUCAUUACAAUAGAUAACCAAACUAGAUAA